CUUGUCGUGCCUGCUGUGAUGGGCAUCGCGUGCAGCGAGAUCAGCUGUGGGCCUGGCAUGACACGGAUGGAGGCUGAGAACAACGGGAAGCCCCUGCUGGUCCGUGAGGAGUCAUCUCUUAAUAUCCCAGCUAUUGCUGCUGCCCACGUUAUUAAGAGAUACGUUGCCCAGGCACCGGGUGAACUCUCCUUGGAGGUGGGAGACCUCGUGUGCGUCAUCGAGAUGCCGCCUCAGGAGCUGAGCCCCCGCUGGAGAGGCAAGCACGGCUUUCAGGUUGGAUUUUUCCCUGGUGAGUGUGUGGAGCUCAUUAACGGAAAAAUCCCGGAGUCUCUCAUCAAUUCAGUGCCAAAGCCAGUGCCAAAGAAGCGCGGCAAGCUCCUCACCUUCCUUCGUUCCGUGGUGAAGGCCCGCCCAAAGCAACGGAAAGAGCAGGAGGUGGAGAAGGAGAGGGUGUUCGGCCGUGACCUGGGAGAGCAUCUUCUUCACUCUGGUCGUGAUGUCCCCCAGGUCCUCCAGAGCUGCGCCGAGUUCAUCGAGCAGCAUGGCGUGGUGCAGGGGAUAUACCGCCUGUCCGGCGUGGCGUCCAACGUCCAGAGACUGCGGUAAGAGUGCUGCGACUGACAGACACAGCUGCCAGCAGGGGCACGUGCCCUGUUGCGGGCGUUCAGAGGCCUGCGGGCAAUGCCUUAGCACAGAGAAAAGGUCUCCUUUGGGAACAUCCCAUCCAGCACGGCUGACGUGGUGCUGGUGGCCGAGUGUUUGUGUUCUCCUGUACAUCAGGAAGCCCUUCCAACUCUUGAUUGCAUUGGGUGUGGCUUUUGACUUGCUUUCCUCUUUCUCAACCGCUUUCGUGUCCUUCUCU